AUGAAAGAAUGUGCUGGAUCACAGGCAAAAUUUCCUGACAAAACUUCAAGUAAUAAAUCGUCUGAUGAUUAUGUCGGCGAUGAAGAUGAACAAAUGGAAAUCUAUUACUAUAAGAGGACAUGGAUGAAAGACAAAUACGAUCAGGUCUUCACCGAAAAAGUCAUUUCACUGAAUGACAAGGAUCAGCAAAAAUAUGUCACCCCAAAAGCUAACGGUGUGUUUGAGAGCACAGACACUCUCAGGUACUUUGAAAACAAGAAGAUUCGUUACCUUUGGAGCGACCGAACCGUUAAGUUUGAGAAAAUCUAUGGUUUGGAUAGAGAUAUCCUAUUCUCGGAUUUGACUCAACAUAAGGGACUCACAGAUGAACAACAGUUUCAAAGAACUAUUCUGUUUGGAGAGAAUAAGAUUGAAAUCAAAGUCCAGUCUUUGUUCGCAAUCCUAUACCAAGAAGUGUUGAGUCCUUUCUAUGUCUUCCAAUUGGCGGCAAUCAUAUUGUGGUGUUUGGAUGAGUACUACUAUUACGGAAGUUUCAUUCUUGCCAUGUCUUUGGGAUCCCUUAUGUCGAGUACAUUUCAAAUCCGUAGAAAUCAGAUAAAACUUCGCCAAACAGUGGGCGGAGAGGCUAUGAUUGAGGUCUGGAAAGGAGGCGACAAUUAUCAAACACAAGUGUCCAACCAUUUAGCGCCUGGAGAUGUCAUAGUAUUGCCAUCAAGUGGUUUUGAGAUGGUUUGCGAUGUCGUACUCCUUAGCGGUAACGCCAUUGUCGACGAAAGUAUGUUAACGGGAGAGAGUGUUCCGGUCAUGAAAUCAGCCCUUCCGGUCGGUCACACGGACUUCAAUCGCAAGCAUCACUUCAAACACAUUAUAUUCAGCGGCACUAAAGUAAUCCAAACUCGAUAUUACGGACACGAAAAAGUCAAAGCAGUUGUCAUUCGCACCAGUUUUCAGACGGCGAAGGGAGAGCUCGUCCGGUCCAUCCUUUUCCCAAAACCUGUUGACUUUAAAUUCAAUCGACACAUCAUUCAGUUCAUUAUGAUUAUGCUUUGUAUAGCCAUCAGUGGUUUUAUCUAUACAUUUGUCAUCAAAGUCCAGAGGGGAGACUCCAUCGGAGAUAUCAUUAUCAAAGCUCUCGACUUAAUUACUAUAGCCGUUCCGCCCGAACUACCGGCCUCUCUGACAAUCGCCAGUAUUUUUGUGGACAAUAGGUUGAGAGCGAAGCAAAUCUACUGCAUGUCUCCCAAAUCCAUUAAUAUGGCCGGUUGUGUGGACUGUAUUUGUUUCGACAAAACCGGAACACUUACAGAGGAUGAGCUUAGUUUAGCCGAAGUUUUGCCCACAGAUCUUAAGAGCAAACACUUCGCAGAACCCAUUAUUAGUAUUGAUGAACAAGAGGUAUCUCCUCUAUUGAUCUGUUUGGCCAGUUGUCACUCAUUGACAAUAUUGGACUCCAAUAUAAUCGGCGAUCCGUUGGAUAUAAAAAUGUUUGAAUCGACAAAAUGGGUGUUAGAAGAGCCGGAAGUGAAAGACUCUAAUAAAUAUGAUUUAUUGGCGCCGACUAUAGUGAAACCGGCAAAUGUGUCGGGUGUAGAGGGACCACAGGUGGGCAUUUUGCGACAGUUCCCCUUUUCAUCCAAUUUAAGCCGAAUGUCUGUUAUAACCAGACUAUUAGGAGGGGACUCAUUCGAGCUCUACGUUAAGGGCGCACCGGAAGUAAUCGCAACGCUAUGUGAUGUAAAUUCAAUUCCCAAAGAUUUUGACCGAAAGUUGAAUGAAUACACAGAGAAGAGCUAUAGAGUGCUGGCUGUGGCCUAUCGACCACUUUUGAACAUGAAUUACAAGUCCGUCCAACGGGCAGAACGAGAAGAGUUGGAAACUGAUCUCAUUUUCUUGGGAUUAGUUGUUAUGAAAAAUAAUCUGAAGGAUAAGACCGUAGAAACUAUCGAUGACUUAAACAGCGAGGGAAUGCCUAAACUGGAGGCCAAAUACCGAGAAACUAUUCUUUGCGGAACAGUAUUCGCGCGAAUGUCACCCGAAAACAAACAACAACUCAUAGAAUUGCUGCAGAAAUAUGGAUACAUCGUCUCAAUGACAGGUGACGGCGCUAAUGAUGUGGGAGCUAUGAAAGCAUCCAAUUGUGGCUUUGGCCGAAACGGAGGCGUCGGUGGCCGCUCCUUUCACGUCAAAGACCCCAAACAUCUCUUGUGUCCCUAUUUUGCUUCGGGAGGGCAGGGCUUCGUUGGUGUCGGUGUUCGGAUCGGUCGAACGGAUGCCUAUCACAAGUUGUCACCCUUUAAGCCGCCGACAUCUCUCAUCAGUUUGACUCAAUUGUCGUCAAUCUUAUCGCAUAUACUACUUGUGCUGAUCUUCCAAAUGGCAGCCGUUGUCCUCCUUUGGCAACAGAGUUGGUAUCAACCACACCAUCCAGACGAGGAACUCGACUACAAGUCUCACGACAAUUAUGCCGUCUUCACGAUCCAAGUCUUCCAAUACAUUACUCUCGCAGUUGUCUUCUCGAAGGGAAGUCCUUAUAGGAAACGAUUCUAUACUAACAUACUAUUCCUGAUCUCCCUUAUUGUGACCACUGUUAUAACCCUCUGGAUCUGUAUAGCACCGGACAGGCCUAACAAUGGGAUCGCAGACUUUUUUGAAAUUGAAACGAAAGACUUUACGUAUGAAUUCCGUAUGAUUUUAAUCGGUCUCUGUUUCUGUCACUUGAUUUUAGCUCUAAUUCUUGAGGAGUAUAUAAUUGGGAAACUAAUCGCAGAGAAAUUGGUUGGACUCACGAAGGAAACCAAAUAUAUGAAAAUACAAAAGCAAUGUCUGGACACCGAUUGGAUCAUCAGUGGUUUGGUGUCACUGUCCGCCCAACACCUGUCCGGAGCCCCAGUUAUAUCGUCCGCCCCUUUGCUGGUUCUGGUCAUUGGGUCGUUGGGGAGGGGGUUGAAAGCCUCCGUGAACUGA